CCCUCUCCUGCUCCCCCCUCACCCCAAGCAACUUCCCUCCAUGUACUGACUACUGCCCGGCAGCGCCCCCCUUAGAGCAUAGGCAGCAGGAUGGGGGAGGUGGAGGUGGAGGUAAGUGGCCUCAGUGACUCAGUGGACAAUGAGUUUCUGAUUCUCUACUUUGAGAACAAGCGGCGCUCAGGAGGGGGCGCUAUCCGGGCCUGCCGGCGGCACAGGGGUGUGGCCCUGAUUGUGUUUGAGAGCUCGGCAGAUGCAGAAGAGGUUCUGACCCGAGGGGAGCACCGCUUUAAUGAUGUCACCGUGCAGGUACGUAGGGCGCCCCCGUGGGACCCCGGGAAACUGGCACUGACUGGCCUGAACCCCCAGACGGAGGACAGUCUGUUGGAGAUGUACCUGGAGACCCUCAGCACCAGAGAGGGGUUCAGCGUUUGGCGCUCCCUCCCCCGGAGCAAAGCACUUGUCGCCUUCCAGGAGCCACUGAGUGACACAGAGAUGGAAUCCCUGAUCAAACGCAUUGCGGCGCGGCCGUUACUCGGGGCAUCCGUGUCUGCUGAGCGCGUUCGGGCCACCACUGAGAUUCUGGUACAGAAGAUUGGGCCGAAGAUCUCAGCUGACCUGCUAGAGAUGUACUUUGAGAGCCACAGGCGCAGUGGGGGCGGAGCUGUGUGUGCAGUUCAACUGCUGACGGACAAGGCUGCCGCUAUUGUGUCAUUCAUUGACCAUCAAGUUGUUGGAAAUGUUGUUAGAAGAGAACAUGCCCUAGAAGGCUCCCGGCUGCUCAUUUCUCCUUACUACCCAGCUGUGUUGGGCAUGCCCUGGGCACCUGAUCCAGGUAAUGUCAAGCAACUACAUCACCAAAAGGCACAGAGAGAUGGUAUCGCAGAUUGUGUAGAGGAGCUGUGUGAGGACCAGGCCCAAUCAUCAGAGGAACAUGAGAGUAGGCUGAAGAGCAAAGAGCAGACCAUGAUGCAGAGCGAGGAGCAGACCAUGAUGCAGAGCGAGGAGCAGACCAUGAUGCAGAGCGAGGAGCAGACCAUGAUGCAGAGCGAGGAGCAGACCAUGAUGCAGAGCGAGGAGCAGACCAUAAUGCAGAGCGAGGAGCAAACCAUGAUGCAGAGCGAGGAGCAAACCAUGAUGCAGAGCGAGGAGCAAACCAUGAUGCAGAGUGAGGAGCAGACCAUGAUGCAGAGUGAGGAGCAAACCAUGAUGCAGAGCGAGGAGCAGACCAUAAUGCAGAGUGAGGAGCAGACCAUGAUGCAGAGUGAGGAGCAGACCAUGAUGCAGAGCGAGGAGCAGACCAUAAUGCAGAGCGAGGAGCAAACCAUGAUGCAGAGCGAGGAGCAGCUCCUAAAGCACAUUGCAAAGCUAGAUAUGCAAUUUGGUGCUGUGGUUGGAAGACACAAAGAUCACAACUUGGUAGAACAAAUGGACAAGCAACUCGGCAUUGCUGAGGAGUCGAUAAACCAGGUAUCAGGGAACAAGCUUCUGCAUCCAGUCUCGGCACAACCCUCAAGUGGCAAAGUAGAUCCCCAUGGCAUAAUGGACUGUCCCAGAGUGAGAGCUGUGCGGGAGGAAAUGGUCCCAAUGCAGAUCCCAGAGCUUCGCUUCCUACAAGAAUAUCACCAUGAUCUCCUGGCAGGGAUGGACCAGAUCACCAUCCAGCCAAUAGAGAGAGAGGACACCACUGGGUUUAAAGUUUCCGGAGAUGCCUGUUCCUGCCAGACGGCGGUGGAGCUGCUCCAGCACAUUGUCUCUUCCCUGGCACAUCGCUCAGUCACCCUGCAGUACCCCGGGGUGUCCCCAUUCCUUCUGGGAGAGGAAGGGCAGCGGCUCCUCCGAGAAACUGAAAGACUUCAUCACUGUAUCAUUGACACCUCCCUGCUGAGCUGGAAAUCCCUGGGCUUGAAGUAUGUGGAUCCUUGGAGGUUGGUUAAUGAUGCGGUUCUUGUGUCGUCAGUUGAAGGUUUUCCCGCUGAGGAGCCUCCAGAACCAGCAAAUGAGCUUCCUGAAGAUAUGGAGAACAUCAGACACUUUGCCUCCUUGAUAACUGAUGUGGAAAUUGUGAAGGACAGACCCAAAGAGUUGCGCAAGUCUGACAGUGCAGGCAUAGAGGAGGAUAUGGAGCAGGAUCUAUACACCGACCGGCCUUCAAUAGGACCAGAAGCAGAAUUCUCUGACGACGAUGAGCUGGAGCAGAUAUAUAAGAUAUCUCGGGAUGAGUAUCAGGACAAACACCUGGAUGAGGAGGCGGAGCUUCUAUUGGCGAUACAGAGAUCAAUGGACACUCAAAGUGUCAGCGACCAUGAAGACAAAGAGUUGCAAGAAGCUUUGGCCAUGUCUUUGACCCAACAGGGCAUGGAGGAGACAGAGGAUAAUUUGCAAAUGGCACUAGAGAUGUCCUUGAAGGAUCAGUGGGGACAUCAACAUGGUACGACAAGGAGCAGCCACGAGAGAGGAGAGCGUUUUGUCUCCAUGGAAGAAGCGGAGAAAGCCCUAUGUACUGCCAGACUGCGGGUACUGACGGGGGACGAGACAGAUCUAGUGGUGGCUUGUGCUGCCCUGAGGAAGGCCAUAGUGGGAGAACUAUGUUCCGAGUCCCUGGAGGAAGCACAAGAAGUGUAUGUCCAACAAGCAGACAUCAUCUUGGCCUUGGAAAGGAAGCAUGCCGUGAAGAUCACUGAUCCCGAGGGACAAUGGCAAAUACAGGGGUUCAGUCAGUUCAUCAACAGCUGUCGGCAAGAGUUAAUCCAGAUACUGAAGGCCUUAAAAGGGGAGAGCAGCCCCCGACAGCCAAUGGAUCUAGACAUGAAGAAAGGCGUCAAGCUUUUGACUUUAGCAGAAACAUCAGAGGAGUAUGGCCGCGUUUCCCGGCAAUUCUACAGCACACUUGGGGAACUGCGGCAGUCUGUUCGUGUCCUGGAGGUACAGAGAGUGCAGAACGUUCUCCUACACAAUCAAUAUGAGCUAAAAAGGCAGAGCAUGUUGGCCCACAGCUCCCGGGGGCCCAUUGAGCGCUCACUGUACCAUGGAACCACUGAGGCCAGCGCCAGGGAAAUCUGCCACGAUGGCUUCAACCGAAGCUUCUGCGGCAAGAACGCUGCUCUUUAUGGCCAAGGAGUGUAUUUUGCUGUGCAGUCUGUGCUCUCAACGCGGGAUAAUUAUUCACCGCCCUCCUCUGAGGGUAAGAAGUAUGUGCUUGUGGCACAGGUCCUUACGGGGGAGUUCACCCUGGGGAAGCCAGAGAUGCGGGCACCUCCGCCCCUAGCAGAGACCACUGGGGAUGUCCCCCGACGCUACGACAGCCUGGCAGACAGUCUCCAGAAUCCUGCAAUAUUUGUCAUAUUCAAUGACACUCAGGCUUAUCCCCAGUACCUUAUCACCUGCUGCAAAGGGAGUGGCCAGUGAGGCUGACAGUUUGGCCAGUGAGGUGCAUCCAAUGUAGGUACGGCAGAAGUGUGCAAGUAACGAUGAGCCGGGUCAGUAACUGUGUCCCUCUGGCUACUUCCACCUGUUGCCUGGAAUAUUUCUCAUCCCCAUAUUCGCCCCACUGGGCUCACCAGGGCUGAUGGGAAUGGGAUAGGGACCUUAGCUUGUAAGCUCCCUGGGGCAGGGACUGAUGGGAAUGGGAUAGGGA